CUUAGGGGCCAGACCAGGGCAGAAGCCUAAGCUACUCCUUAGGGGCCAGACCAGGGUUUUCCCAGACCUCUGCCAGCCAGCUCCUCAGAGGCCCCUCAGAGGCCCAAGGUCCUGACCUCCGCAAGGUCCACACACCCUCACUCCCAGGCUCCUGGCCACGCCCCUGGGCAUUUCUGUUUGGUCCUAUUGGUCACAACCCUGUGAGCUCGGGUAGUCGUUAACCCUUUCUUGCUGGGGCUCACAAGGGUACAGGGUUCAGGUCAGCAAAGGGGGUGGACACAGGAGCCAAACCAGGGCCAAGGGUCAGGGCCAGGGGGUUGGACCACAGGGAGUGUACUUAAGAGCCCACGGUGGUCCCUAUGGGAUGUGCCUCCACAGUAUGCCAGCCUCCUCCAGCCACCUUGCCGGGGUCUCCAAGUGGUUGCUGUCCUGCGAUGGGUCUUCUACUUGGGGCUCGGUGAGGCUCAGCACCUGGCACUCUGCUUCCCUGUUACCAGGAGGGAGGCAGGACAGGGCUCUCUGGGGGCCGCUGAAGGAAUGAGAAGGAAUUAGCUGGGCAAGAGGGCCUCCAACAGGGACGAGAGGGCAGAGGCGGGUAACUGGGGACUUAAAUGCCUGGGUCCUUAAUAUCCCCCACUCCAUCCUCCAGCCCAGGUGUGCCUGGCCAUGCUGCUCCUUGCUCUUCUAAGCCGAGCAGGGACACGCCGAGGGCAGGAGGCCGACGAUCUGCCUGGGUCCGCAGCUGGGCCAUCUGGAGACAUUUCCCAGAUUGUGUCCCUGUCUUGCUGGUUAAAACCGCAGAACUGGAUCCCUCUGGCAACUACCUCUUCAGCUUCCACCCUCACGGGGUCCUGGUCACCGGGGCCUUCAGCAACUUCUGCACGGAGGCCACCGGCUUCUCCAGCCUCUUCCCUGGCCUCCAGCCACACCUCCUCAUGCUGCCUUGUUGGUUCUACCUCCCUCUCUUCCCAGACUACAUCACGUGUAGUGCUUUGGUGUCCACUGACAAGGCCAGCGGCUGCCUAUCUGUUGUUCCGGCCUGGGGGCGGCCAGGUGGCGGUCCUGGACUUGGGAGGGCCCCUGGAAGCGCUGGAAGCAAAAGCCGGCGAGCUGAUUUUGUGGAUCCGGAAUCAGAAGGGCUUUGUCGCGUUGGCGCGGGAACAAGGCCUCCCAGCUCCGCCCAGCGACCGGCCCAAACCGACUAACGCUUGCAGUUCAAAGAUUAUUCUGGGGACAUCUGGGGCUCCGGAUCCACACACACGCGCAACACACCCGCAGUCCCGGGAGAGCCCAACCUUCUUCGUUUGUGCUCCGGGCCCUGGAGCCUCGCUGGCAGAGGGCAACGACUGGGACAGGAGUCUCCACAGCCCCGCCGCGACCCCACCAUGGAAUCCGUGCAGAAACAGUGGCCAGAAGUAGUGAGCGCCUACCAAUACGUGCUCACUUUCCUCUUCAUGGGCCCUUUCUUCUCCCUUCUCGUCCUCUUCCUCCUCUUCACGUCAUUCUGGUCCGUCUCUGUUCUCUACUUGGUGUGGUUCCUCCUGGACUGGGACAGGCCUAACCAAGGUGGAAGGCGCUUUGAGUGGACCAGGAACUGGGCCAUGUGGAAACACGCCAGGGAUUAUUAUCCUAUCAAGCUGGUGAAAACAGCCGAGCUGCCCCCUGACCGGAACUAUGUGCUGGGUGCCCACCCACAUGGGAUCAUGUGCAUCGGAACCUUCUGCAAUUUCUCCACCGAGGCCAACAACUUCUCCAAGCAGUUCCCGGGGAUUCAGGUCUCACCGGCAGUGCUGGCCUCCCUCUUCCACUUCCCAAUCUAUCGUGACUACAUCAUGUCCUAUGGAAUAUGUUCUGUGAACUGGCGGAGCCUGAACUUUGUUCUGUCACAGCGCCGGCUCGGGCAGGCUGUAAUCAUCAUGGUUGGGGGUGCCCAGGAGUCCCUGUAUGCCAUCCCAGGAAAGCACUGCCUCAUUCUCCGGGAUCGCAAAGGCUUCGUGCGCCUGGCACUGAGGCAUGGGGCCUCCCUAGUACCUGUGUACUCCUUUGGGGAGAACGAUGUCUUUAAUUUUAAGGCUUUUGCCACAAACUCCUGGCAGUAUAUGUGCCAGAUCACCUUCAAGAAAAUCAUGGGCUUUGCUCCUUGCAUCUUCUGGGGCCACGGGCUCUUCUCGGCCAACUCCUGGGGCCUGGUGCCCUUCGCCAGGCCCAUCACCACUGUGGUGGGCCGCCCCAUCCCAGUGCCCCAGCGCCUGGACCCCACUGAGGAGGAAGUUGACCGCUAUCACAUGCUCUAUAUGGAGGCUCUGGAGCAACUCUUCGAGGACCACAAGGAAAGCUGCGGUGUUCCAGCUUCUACUCACCUCACCUUUAUCUAGCCCUUGCCGUCCCCCCCGCCCCCAGCCCUGAGCCCCUCAGCCCAGGGCACCGAGACCCUCCACCUACUGCCUCUCUGUACUGCUCCUUCUCUCCCACCACUAUGUUGUAGAAUCUGAUGCCUGCAGGGCUUGCACCCUGGCUCUGGGGGUAAGGGGGCCCAGGCAUGAUCCACCCUCAUUCUCCUGUACUGCGAAGCUGCUGCUUUGGAUUGGGGAUCGGAAUUCCCCUCCCAGCAAGCCUUAAUUCUGCUGCAUGACCUUGCGUACAUCUCUUUCCUUUGCUGAGCCCUUUCUCCCUCUGUGAAUGAAGGUGUCUGCUUCCCCAAGAGCUGUAGGGCCUUGGGAUUAAGUUGGGGCGGGCGGCUCUAGGGAGGGGUUCGCUUUGCAGGGUGAGCUGGAGAAGAUAGGAUGGAUGGUGGAAUAGUCAGCCUGAGCAAAAGCUGAGCUUGGUUAAGGGUUCCUGGCCAUAUGGGAAGUGGGGUGAUCUCCGAUGGUAGAAAAGGUAGCGUUGGUCCAUAGCUUGCUACUGCACCCCUCUCCAUCCUUUAUGUUUCCUUGUGGCUGGGAGAUGAAUGAAACAGGGACCUGUUUGAUCAGCACGAAGCCCAGCUGCUAGCCCAGUGUUAGGUCAACAUUAACAGGACUCGUGUGAUGAUCAAAGAAUUAAGAUGUAAGGGCUUAGAACGGAGAUUGGCAAAAUAUCAUCAUUCCUCAUCACAGACAAGGUGUCAGUCCAAGGAGAGGGUAAGACCGGACAGUCUAAGGGUCCUCAUGUGGUCAUAGCAUUCCCUGACAACAUCAGUCCUGUUGGCUGACUGGCUUUGCGUCUGUAUCCAGGACUUCAGAAAAACUUGCUGAAAUGUAAUUGGAAUGCAACCGUAUUAGUCUCCCACUGUCCUAUAAAAUACAUUCAGCGGAAGAAUU